GAUGGUAUCGUGUAUCGUGCCAUGUGCCGGGAUGCUUGACAGAGGCGCAGUACGGCGUAUCUUCUUUUUACGUUAUGUGUGGUUGUCACAGCCAGAGCAUUAGACAUUAACAUUAGAAGAUGUGAUGAGGUUCGGCAACGUCACGGUUGUUGCGUGGGUGAGCGGCUGAUCCGAUGACGAUCCCGCGAUGACGUUAAAGAGCUGUCAAUGGAAGUUGUAGGUCCAGAUAUCGAUCUGAGUAGCUAUCCAUGCUCAGCUGUCGAGUCUCCUCUACCCCUUGAAAAACUUUUCGACAUACACUGUACGUUUACGCUAUAAGACUCAAACAGCCCUCUCAAAUGACAUAUACUGAUAGUUAUGCGAGAGUAUCAGAAUACAGGCUGCCGUUGUCAAAAUGUGUACCGACCCCUCCCUUGAUGCCCUCCACAAACAGCUCUUCCUGGCCUGGCCAUGCGUCGCAGCGUCGCUGGUGACGAAUACGUGAACAAAGCCCUCGAGGGCGGCUCCUCUAAAUUCUCGUGUGCAGGCCAGGAGCUGGUAACAGAAUGGUGCUGGGGCUAUGCCUGGACGCGUCCUGGGCUGAGCAAGAAACAGCGUAGUCUGAUCAACAUCGGUAUGCUCAUGGCUCUGAAUCGAGCACCUGAGCUCGCAGUGCAUAACCAUGGUGCACGGAACAAUGGGUUGAGCGAGCUGGAGAUACGAGAGGCCAUCCUUCAUGCUACGGUGUACUGUGGUAUGCCGGCUGGUGUGGAUGCCAUGAAGACGGCAGAGAAGGUGCUGAAUGAUAUGGCAGAAAGAGGCGAAGCUCCCAGGGAAUUGGGGAAUAAAGCUCCGGAGAUUGAGCAGAAAUAGAGCUGUUCUGCGUGGUAUAAGAUAUCAAGCUUCUUUUCUAGCCGCAGUCAUUUCUUUCUUCCGCUGUAAAAACCUCUCUCUAACCGCGUUGAUAUCUU